AUGGGAAACACUGCUAAUAAAGUUGUUGAACUACCCCCAAAUAUGAAUUCAAUAGAAUUACUUCAAUUUUCAUCUAUAAAUAAUCGCCAAAUACAUCUUACAACAAUUGAUAUAAAAAAUAAUUUAUUUCUUUCAUUAGUUACUAAGAUUACACUUGAAAAAACCCAGUACAGAUUUCAACAGUGUAAUCAAGGAAAGCUAGUUGGUCAAGUUAAAUUGCUGAGAAUCUUCACUGAUUCUAACAAUAAUAAUUAUUCAAGUUUAAAAGGAAAAAACACUAGUUUUAAACAUGCAGUGCAUAAAGGAGAGUACAUUGUUAUUAAAAAAGAAAAAUUAAGUGUUGUUGAUGUAAUUUCAAACACUGAAUUGAAGGUUGCAGGUGUAUAUCAGACCUUAUCACUUGAUGAUGAUACAUGGAUUGACUUUCAAAUUGAACCAAAGAUAAAACUUAAUGGUUUUAUAGAUGCAUAUAAAUUAAUGUUUGAAAAGUAUCCAGUUGAGAGUUGCAUAGAUCCUGAACAAAAUCGGCCACUUAAUUUGAAAAUUGUCCUUGAUAUAAAUGAUGAUUGUAAAGAUGAAAAUUAUGAUAGAAAGUUUGAAAAAUAUGUUGUUAGCAUGUUCAAUGAAUUAAAGAAGAAAACAAAAAAACCUGCAUCUAUUUUAAAGCAUUUUAAAACUACUGUUACAACAUUUUCAGAACUAGACAUUGAAGAAAAUGAUUUUAUAUCAAAACAUUCAAAUAAAUAUCAACUAGGAGAUUUUGUAAUUCAACUUUCAUGUUUAAUACCCAUUCAGAUUGCAGUUGCUAAAAAUAAUCAAUUUCAACCACUUCGGGAUGGUUUAUCUUCAAAUGAGCAUGAUGUAGAUUUUGAUGUUGAAUAUGGAUGUCGCUUUGAUGGUAUUGCAGAAAGUAUUUCUCUUGGAUGGUAUGAAGGUAUAUUUAAACAUUUUGGUAAUAGACAAGUUAAAGUUGUUUCAAGUAUGGGUGAGCAAUCAUGUGGAAAAUCAUAUAUGUUGAAUCACCUUGUUGGAACAACAUUUGAUGGUUCUGCAAUGAGAUGCACUGAAGGAGUGUGGAUGUCUUUAGUUAUAACAAAAAAAAAUAUUUAUGUUGCACUUGAUUUUGAAGGUUUAAAAUCUUUGGAAAGAACACCACAAGAAGACUUAUUUUUAACUUUGUUUAACACAAUGGUUUCAAAUUUGAUACUUUUUAAAAACCAAUUUGCUGUUAGUAGAGACAUGUCAGAAAUGUUUCAAAGAUUUCAAGAUGGUGCAACUUUUUUUAAAUCUGACUCAAAUGUUUUUCAAGCAAAACUUUGCAUCAUAAUUAAAGAUGUUCAUGAAAAUGAUCGAAAAGGAAUUGUUGAUGAGUUUCAUCUCAAGUUUGAAGAUUUGGUUAAAAAACAAGGAGAAGAUAAUUUUAUUACUAGAAUGUAUAAAAGUGGAUUAACUAUUUUUCCAUGGCCAUUAUUUAAUGAUCCUGCUUGGUUCAAAACUUUGAAAACUGUUAAAAAAAAAUUAGAUAAACAGAAAGCAAAAUAUGAAAAUGCACGAACUUUUUUACAAAACACUAAAGUCAUUAUGGCUAAAUUAAAGAUUUGUGAUUGGGGAUCUUUGGAUGAAAACCUUGUUCAAAUGCGUUUAUCAAUUUUAAAAAGAAUACUUCCAAUAGCUAUAUCUUAUGGCUUAGAGCAAAAGGAGCAAGAAAUUAAGCCCUUAAUAAAUCACAAUACAGGAGAGAAAAUAGAUGAUCAACCUCAAUUAAAUCAUGACACUGGGGAGAAAACAGAUGGCCAAACUCAUUUAUCUAAAUUUGCAGAAACCUUCAAUACACAAAAUGAACUAUUUCCAGAUUCAGAUGUUUUACUCUUUGAAGAAAAUGCUGAUUUUGUUGAUUUUUCAUAUGAUCUAAGAAAUCAAUUUGAAGAUAAAAUUCAAGAAAGGAAAAAGUCUGAAAAAGAUUCAGAAUGGUUUAGUAAAUUAGAAAUGUUUUUCAAUUUUAUUAUUGAACGAAGAGUAUAUCGUGUUGAGCAAUGGUUUUUACAAAAUAUUAACAAAUUUCCACAAGACAAUAGUGAAGUUGUUAUUGGAAAAUAUGCUCUUGAAAAAGAAAUCAACAAUCUUAGGCUUUUUUGGACAUUAUGUGGGCUUUCUUGUCAGGAUUGUGGAUUACGCUGCCUUAAAAAUCAUGGAUUCAUUAAUAUGGUUGAUAAUAACGAUAUUUGUUUUCAUAUCGAUGAAUUGAAAUCUUUGUAUAAUCUUUUUUUAAGAGUCAAUGCUCUAGAUCAAAUACGGUCACAUUUUGGUUCUUACAUCAAGAAAACUGGUACACAAAUAGUUACUGAUACUAAUAAUGAAUCAGACAUGGUUUCAGAAUUGUUAACAUUAAAAUCAAGGAUGGACUCGAUUGUUAACGGUCCAUUCCAAAGUAAUUACAACUUUGUUUAUACUCGUAAAUUGUGGAUAAGAAAAAUCACUUAG